AUGGUGAACUCAACUGUGCCUUACUUUAUCCUCAGCACAUAUAUAUAUGUAGGAAGUUUGAAAUACUUGUUCUUUGUGUUAAUUGCGCUGUUAUACUUUAGUAUAGUUUUUGUGAACACGUCUCUGAUUGUGGUUAUCUGUGUGAACAGAAGCUUACAUGAACCUAUGUACAUGUUUCUGUGCAGCCUGUUUGUGAAUGAGCUGUAUGGUAGUACAGGGCUGUUUCCGUUCCUCCUGCUUCAGAUCCUCUCUGAUGUUCACACUGUUUCUGCUCCUCUCUGCUUCCUGCAGAUCUUUUGUCUCUACACGUAUGGACACGUAGAGUUUUGUAAUUUAGCCGUCAUGUCUUAUGACCGAUAUCUCGCUGUCUGUUAUCCCCUGCACUACAAAUCACAUAUGACGGAUAACAAAGUAGUUAUCCUCAUUGUUGUCAUAUGGUUGUACUCUUUUGUGAAAUUCACGAUCACGUUGUGUUUAACCCUCCGUCUGACGUGGUGUGGGAAAAUCAUAAAUGGGCUGUAUUGCCAUAACUACCUAGUUGUAAAGUUGGCCUGUUCAGACACCAACCUGAAUAAUCUUUUUGGGCUUUUUGGUAUUGUCAUCACUGUUUUAGUUCCUCUGCUUCCAAUCUUCUACUCCUACAUGAAAAUACUCAAAGUGUGUUUUUCUGGGUCCAGACAGAUGAGACGUAAAGCUGUCAGUACCUGUGCGCCUCACCUGGCCUCCCUCCUAAACUUUUCUUUUGGGUGUUUAUUUGAAAUACUCCAGAGCAGGUUUGAUACGACCAGUGUACCCAGUGCUCUGCGAAUCUUUCUGUCUCUGUAUUUCCUCAUCAUUCAACCGCUUUUAAAUCCGAUCAUGUAUGGGACACAAAUGUCUAAAAUAAGACAUGUGCUGUGCUAUAAAAUGUCGCUGUGAUUCUUACACAUGUAGGA